GACAUUUUGUUCAGUUCUCCCUGAACUUCCUUGGUUCCACAUUGGCUCCUCCAUCAAUCUCAGAAAAUCCUCUCUACCCCUUUCUUGCUCCUCCUUCCCUUAGUUAUACACAAUAACAGAAACUCCCAGGAAACAGUUUCACUUCUAGUCCUGCACCAACUUGGAAUCUUUCUGUGCAGGAUCAACUUGCCAAAGGAACAGAAGAGAUUAUAUUAUAUCUGAGAUGGAGACCUUCUCUCUGCUGCUGCUUGGCCUGGGGUUGGUUCUUGCAGGAGCUUCAGAAAGCAUAACGGAGAUAGUUAAAGAAGAAUUUUCACAGGAAGAGGUGCAAUAUGACAUGGUGAAAAAUGGCCAAGAAAAACAGACCAUUAAGGUAUUAAUGAACUUGACCCUGUUAGAUAAAAAUACCAGCUUCGACAUGUCCCAGGAUGUUCUUUCUUCCACACUACUGACAUCCAGAAAGUUAUGUUACGGUAUUCCCAAGGGAAACAGGUCAGCUAAUAACAAAGAGUGUUGCAAUGAUAUGACCGACUGCAGAAAAGUUUUAGAAGUUAAUGGGUCAUGCAAAGUGAGUAAUGAUUUCAUCCAUGGUUCCAUCGGAGUGAUCCACCAGGUCCACAAGAUCCCCAGCUGCACUUGUGGACAGAAUCCUGGCAUAAGCUGCUGUGAGAGCACAGAACUGGAGAAUACUAUGUGCCAGCUCACUACACGCAAACAACACCACCGGUGCCAAUACCACAGUGUUACUUCAUUGGAGAAGAUGUUCACAGUGCUGACAGGUCAUUCCCUGAUGAGUUGGUUAGUUAGUGGCUCUAAACUGUAAAUCUGAAAAGGCUUUGGGUCCAUAAAGGUCCAUAAAGGACAUAGUCAUGCUCAUUACUGUUUAUUUCCUUCUGUUAUCCACAUCUACCCUUUAGUACUAUCGAAACUCAAUUAUUUAUACUAACUGGAUCAGUGAAAAAUCCAAAACUAGAUAAUUCAAUUAAAUUUAUAACUGAUCCAGGAAUGCAAAUUCUCUCUCACACACCUAUAUACACUACACACACACACACACACACACACACACACACACACAUAUGCUCUUUCUUUGAACCAAACAGAAUUCUGUCUUAGUUCAGUUAUAAAGACAAAAAGUAGAGUCCCUCCAACUGGGCAAUAUUAAGGAGAGAAGCUCUGAAACAAUAUGGAUAAUUAAAAGUUAAUUGUACUGCCAGUGAGACUGUUCAUAAAAAUUAGCGAAUGAAUAUGGGAAAUAUUAUUGCCACUGCUCUUCAAAGAAGUGUGUGCAUUGAUGUGUGCAGACAGAGGAACACCCACUAUAUAACCCUGGGUUGCCUAUCCUCCAGGAGAGGGCAAAGGGAAAAGACCCUUUGUCCUAACCACUGCUCUCGGGUGUCAAGAGCUCCAGCACUACUCACUCUCUAUUUCUAGGCACUCUUCCCUAGCUCACAGGUUGCUGUAAAGAGAAGCAAUAAAACUUUUUUGCAUUUUUUUUCUCAAGCAAAGUCUUGCUAUUCUUGGGCCAUGGGAGAAGAGUGGCAAGCCAUGAGGAAUACAGAAGAUAGAAAGAUGGGAAUAGGAAGUCUCUGCUGACAGAAUAAAUCUUCAAUUUGAUGUUUUAUAAUACCUUAGUGAGUUUUCAUAGUUCAACACUCUGCAUGAAGCAUGGCAGGUAUCUUGUUCCUUGAUGUGUGCACGGAUGCUUCUGUUUUUAACUCAUACAUCCUCCCUCUAUCCUAAGACCACUCUUUUUUUAAAUUCAAAUUUAAAAUAAAUGCAUGUAAAUGAG